AUGCCUGGUAGGCAUGGCAAACAGCGCGUGAAGCGGAAGAAAUCUAAGCGUCAAAAGCCAUCUGAGAUGGAACGUGUACUUGUAGAUAGCAUUCAUGGACGUAAGAGAAGAGAGCGCGAUAUUUUGAAAAAACAUCUUCCACCACCUGUAAAGCUGCGGAGCACGAAGGUGGCGCUGAACACUACACUUCCCAUGUUUAAUCCUUUGCCUCCCACAACUGUUGGCGCGGCAGCGGAGUCAAGGGCAAAGAAUAAUAAGGGGAAGAAGCCACCGAAAUCCCGCAAAGCCUAA